UGCGUGUCUCGCACACGUGCGCGUGCAGUGAGAUGUGUCUCUUUGGUAACGUGCACCUGCUACAACAGCACGCGGCGUGUCACUGUGACAGCUGUGACGGUAAACCCUAAAACUAUUAUCACACUACGCAAAGUUACUUUGUCGAACUCGGUGAAUCACUGAGUUAAACUGAGCCUCUGAUCUGAAAGCAAAAAAGCCCGGAGGUGAUCAUGUCCACGAGAGAAGUAGAGAAAACAGCUGAUGACGAGACGGACUGGCUUUAUGGAGAUGACAAUUUUGAUGAAGAUGAGACAACAGAAAAGGAAGUCUUCAGUGCUCUGAUUGGUGAUGUGGAAGACAUGAAUGGACUCAAUUACCAGCAAAGUGAAUCAGACAGUGAUGAUGAUGUCUGUGUGACCAUCGGUGACAUUAAAACAGGCGGAUCUCAGGACUCGUCAUUUGGUUCCAGUUCCAUCGGUCUGAACAUAAACACCUCUGUAUCAGGCUCCAAGUCCACAGGGCUGGGUCUGGAUGCUGAAGGCAAUGUCUUGCAGGUGGAUGUGGAGUCAUUUGAUGAGAAGCCAUGGAGGAAGCCAGGUGCGGAUCUGUCUGACUACUUUAACUAUGGUUUUAAUGAGGACACCUGGAAGACAUACUGCGACAAACAGAGACGACUGCGCAUUAGCCUAGAGAUCCUGAGCCUGGGGUCAUCAAGCAAAAUAAUGGUUCAUCAGAAUUCUAGUAGUGAUCUGUCAGAACUCUCAUCCAGGAAGUCGAGUGGUUCGAUCAAUGUUAUCGGAGGACAAGCAGGGACCAUCAGUCGAGUGGAAGGCAGAAGACGUCACAGCGCUGAUGAAAAUAACAUCCAGGUGGUGUCAGAGCAGUCCUCAGACACAGAGCUAUCUUCCCCGAAGCUGUUGCCCUUCUUUCCUCCCAAUAUCCCACCUCCACCUUUCCCUCCUCCUCCCAAUAUACCACCACCACCCGCAUUCCCAUUGCCUCCUGGUGCCCCUCCUCAUAUGCUACCACCAUUAGAUAGGUUGGUCUCGUAUAGAAACUGGAGAGAGAGACAGAGGAGAUCUAGCAGACAGAGAAAGCAAGAACAUAGCAAGUCACUAUACAGGCAAAAGAAGGAGAAAAAGAAAGAUAUAGAAAGAAAGGGAGAGAGAAGGAGCAGUGGACGUUUGGCGGGAGGCUUUGAUCGACGGUCGGCUACAUCUUACCCUUUCCCUGCAGGUGUGUAUUCACCUGCAGUGGGCAUGGCUUCGUGGUCAGGUGUGAUUGACAGUGGCAAAGCAUGGGAAAACUACAACCGCCAAAACAAAGAAAGGGUGAGAGAGAAAACCAGAGAAAGAGGACACAAGAAAGAGCAAGAGCGGGAGAGAGAGAGAGAGCGAAACAGAGAAACAGAUAGAGAACACAGUCCGUCCUCACAAGAUCACAGAAGUGAGGAGGAGCGUGUGUCUCGACACAGGGAUCACAGUCAUUACGGAAGUGAGAGGUACAGGAAAAGCUCAGGAAGAGAAGGAAUGAGAGACAGACAUCGAGAAAGACAACACAGAGACCGGAGUGAACAACACAGAUCCUCACACAGUGGCAGCGGUAGGCGGCAUCAUGAUAGUGAUGACGCAGAUAGCCACAGGAGACACAGGCACAAACGCUCUAGACACAACAGAGGAAGCCUUGAGCCCAGCGAGGAGUGCAGUGUGGACCAGGAGAACCAGUCAGAGGCCACAGAAUAACUCCCUGGCCAGCUGGUGAGCCCAUUUGUUGACCAGUAGGAGGUCUUUAGUGAAAGAUCAUUAGUCUCGUCACUGUGAGUCAGAUUAUGAGUAAACAACUGUGAUUAGAUUUUGAUUAAUCCUAUGCCAAACACUUGAUAGUUUAUGUUACCGUUUUAGCUAUUUAACAUUUAAUUUUUUUUGAAAAUAUGAUUUAAAAAAAGUAAAAGGUGGUCAAAAGUGUACAAUUUUUUUAUUUAUUUAAAAUGACUUGACUUACAAAAUGGUAUUUUUGUUGUGCCAAAUGUUAAUUUUGUUGAAGCAAAAUAAUUAUAAACAUGAUCAAGAAAUGUAAAUGUGUGUGAACCAUGAUUUAGUG